GGAUCAAGAAACUAAACAGUAAAUCCCAAAUCUAACGUAGGAAACGUCAAGGACAAGGAAGAAAACCACCAGCUUCACUGGCUCAACACCGGCGGCCACCCCUCAUGGCGACCUCCACCUGCCACCUACCACCUCUCCUCCCUGGCCCCGCCUCCCCGAACCAUCUCCACCUCCGAUCCUCCCCUCCCCCGUUCACUCGCCACCUCCGCAACCCUACUCCGGUUCGUCUCCUCCGCGCAGCCCGCCGCCGCCAUCCCGACGCCGUCGUCGUCGUCCCGGACGCCCGUCCCUGGGUCGGCGAUCUAUCCGGAUCCGCUUCCUACCGGGACGGCAGCGAGGAAGAUGGAGACGCGGAGGAGGAGGACGAGGAGGAGGAGGACGACCGCAGCCUGGACCUCCUGGCCCGGUUCCUGCAAUCGGUGUUCAGGAAGGCCUCCCGCCGCGCGCGGCGCGCCGCCAGGUCCGUGCUGCCGCCCUCCGUCCCCGCUGAGCUGGUAAAAUUCUCGGUCAAUGGUGUGCUGGUUCUCACGUUCUUGUGGAUCCUCAAGGGGCUUCUUGAGGUGGUCUGCACAUUUGGAAGCAUGGUGUUUAUAAGCAUACUUCUUGUUCGAGGAAUAUGGUCUGGAGUAACUUACAUCAGAGAAAACCGAUACAGUUAUAUUCAACAGCUCAACGAUGAAGGCAACCGGUGGAGCACAGUACAAACUGCCGGUUGAUCAUUUCCUUUCCGUCUUGCCAUUAUACAGCACAGCUGCGCGAGAAUGGAAGGAACCCCAUGUGUUAUGUACAAAUAAGUGGUUCCGUUCUUCCUCUGGGCGUAUACAGGAGGGAUGCUUGAGUUCAGCAGGAUUAAUGAGAACAGCCAAAUGGUGCUGCAGAAUGUUACUAGCAGUAGUUUGCGUUUAUGCAUGGCCCAUACCAGCAGAUGUAGAAAGACUCAUGUUUGUUGUAUGAAAGGUGGUGCAAAAUCCUUUCGAUAAUUAGUACGGUCGUUUAGGGCACUUAAAAUUCAUUUGGCCUUCACAGAAAAUAUGGAAUCGUGGUGAACAUCCAAACUGUUCUGUGAUCCAAUGAACUUCACCGAGAAGUCCCACUUCUGGAGAUGUCGGACCUCUGUCUUCUAUUCUGCAACAAGCUGUCUUUCCUUUUUCUAGUA